AUGGUCUAUACCGAACGUACCGACAAGUGCCUGAGCAGCACCAAGGACAACCAAUCCUCGAAGAGUCAGAGCCACUCAAAGUCGAACAGUGGCUCGGGAUCGGGAUCAGGAUCAGGAUCUUGGAGCAGUCAAGCCUCGAGCGCUGAAAAGUGGAAGUACAACAACAUGGUGAAAAACGAUCGCCAGCAGUUCAAUGGCAUGCAUUUCUCCUAAAUCGUUGAAAUAAUUCCUUUGGAAAUGCCACUUUACAAAAUAGGGAACGGGGGAGUAGAUUGUUGUUGUUCUUUCUAUUUGGGUUCGUUUUAGACUAGUUGUGUAAGACAUUUUAUAGACUU